AUGCGUCUUAUCAAUACCAAUACCAUACAGCUAGAAUUCGUCAACGACGAUGCUGUACCAGACUACGCAAUCCUUUCUCAUACUUGGGAUCAAGAGGAAAUUUUAUUCCAGGAUAUUGGACUAGAAAGUGCCCAAGCGAAAAAAGGUUACAGUAAACUCCGAAAUUGCUGUCGUGUAGCAGAGCAAAAUGGGUUCGACUAUAUCUGGGAUGAUACCUGCUGUAUUGACAAAGCAAGUAGUGCAGAGCUAUCAGAAGCCAUCAACUCCAUGUACCGCUACUACCAGGAGGCCAAUGUUUGUUAUGUAUACCUCGCGGAUGUCUCUGCAACGUCUCAGAUACCCGACAGCAGGUGGUUUGCCAGAGGAUGGACUCUCCAAGAACUUAUCGCGCCCCAAGAAAUCAUCUUCUUCGAUCAUUUAUGGGAGGAACUGGGGACAAAAAAAUCCCUCGUACAUGUCUUGUCAGAAAGAACAAGCAUCCCAGAAUCCAUUCUUUCCAACAGCGAUGAGUUAGAGACCACAAGCAUCGCACAAAGGAUGUCUUGGGCCGCCGAUAGGGUGACGACGCGUAAAGAAGAUGGCGCAUACUCUCUGAUGGGUUUAUUUGGUAUCAACAUGCCGCUUCUUUACGGCGAGGGUGAAAAGGCGUUCUAUCGACUACAGGAAGAAAUCAUGCGUGUUUCCGAUGAUCAUAGUCUAUUCGCUUGGCGGUUCCCCGGCGCACGAGGCGGUUUGCUUGCCCCAACACCUGCUGCUUUCAGGUACUCGAGCGACAUCAUACCAUGGAACCCAUUUUCACCUUACAAUAGCCCUUUCACCAUAACAAAUAAAGGCGUGCACAUGGAGGCCCCAUUCAUCCCCAAGGACACAACGGGACGGGGUCUUUGUGUUCUUUAUUGCACAACAAUUGGGAAUAGAGAUAAGCUCAUUGCAGUCCAUUUGAGGGACAAUUACCUGACAAUGGAGCAUUUUGAUCGAUGCAAAAGUACCGACUUCCAGUGGAUUGAUUUGGACACUUUCAGCUUUACACACUAUCCUGCAAGGUCUCUGAGUGUCAGACUCCACACACCAGCAAUAUCCCGCAAGUCUAGAAGACAUCAGGAAGAAGAGUUUGUUCCUAUCGGAUCACUCAAUCUCAAGCACCUUCCUUCGCUAUCAGACGCCGCGUCGGAAGGAGACACGGGGACGGUUUGGUUCAUAUUGGCUAACAACAUUGGUGCGUUGUCCCAAGUCACAAGCGAUCAGAUCCGUUCAGCUGUUUGUCUCGCUGCUCGAAAUGGGCACGAGGAUCUGGUCAGACAAUUGAUGAAUAGAAGAGAUAUAUCCAGCUUGCUAGUCGACAAGGAUGGUCGGACGGCGCUUUCCCACGCAGCCGAGGCCGGUCAAGAACGUAUUGUUAGAUCUAUUCUGUCUAGCGCCAGAAUCCACCCCGACACACGAGACUCCAACGGACUAACAGCCUUGUGGUAUGCCGUACAUAAUGGGCAUCGCACUUGUGCAAAGCUACUUAUUCAAAAAGGUCGAGUCUCUGGUAAUGUCGGAGGCAGCGACAACAGGCAGAGCGUUCUUUGGCACGCUAUAUCGGCUGGCGACGUCGAAAUAGUCGAGCUCCUCGUUCAUCGGCAAGCUCUUAUUGAUGCUAAAGGCGAACCACUGGUAUGUCUAGCCGUGGCAAAUAAAAACAUUCCCAUUGCGACGCUCUUGCUAGAAAAUGGUGCCGACCCAGACGAACGUGAUGGCAAGAGGAAUACACCGCUUCAUUUGGCAUGUGUGAAUGGCCAACUUGAUAUGGUAGCACUCUUGAUGAGACAAGGAGCGAAUGCGGACAGAUUGAACACUGCUGGUAAAACAGAGAUGGCCUUUGCGACGUUAAGUGGCAAUGUCCCACUGGUGAAGCUUUUGCUUGAGAAUGGGGCCAAUCCAAAGGCGAAGUGUGCUAAUGGGAAGACAGCUGCGGCAUAUGCACAAGGGUCAGAGAUGAAGAGUCUAUUUGCAGACCAUCGAUGGUACAAGACGAUACUUGAUAGAACUAGCACGAAUCGUUCAGCAAUGAGCGGUCGCUCAUGA